GCUCAUCAUGCAACUUGCAAGCUGCUCUUCGUUCUUGCAGGCUUGCAAUUCUGAAGCUAUGCAUGGGCAACUGUGCAGCAAAUGUAGGAGGUGGUGAAGUGAAAGAGAAGGAGAAGCAGAUCAGGGAGCCAGGAAGGAGGGGAAGCUUGGACGAGCUGCGAUUUGCAGGAGUGCUUUGGAGUGGUUGCUGAUUGAAGUGGUUGUUGUGAUUGCUGCAGGCUGCAAAAGCAGAUCAGGGAGAGCCAGCUGUGGAGCUUCUUAGGUUUGAUCUUGGCGACCACUCUGGUGAUCUACUGAUAGUUCGAUCAGCCAGAGUUGUCCUGAAAACAUGGAGUGCACAGCAGCUGCAACAAGUCUCGGGGCCCCCCUUUCUUGCUUGGGAGGGGCGCAGUCAAGGAAGCUGGCUGCCCCAUCACAUGCAUCAUGGAUCCUACCUGCAUCUCUUAAGUCGUUCACCGGUACCCCUUUGAGCAGCUCAGCCCAGUCUCCAGCACUCCGAUACAGAUCAGGACAGAAGUCAGUUGUAGCAGUGAUGGGAGGAGUGCCUCCCAGGCACUGCACCUUAAGAGAGUUUGGGGAAGGUGUUGACGAUACUCAGCUUAUGCUGAGACCAAUCAGGGUCAGGGCUUCAAAUGGAGGUGGAGAGGCUCCCCAGGCUACGGUCCUGGAGCUGAUUGCAGCGAACGCUGAGGCGAGCGCGCAGGUGUCCAGUUUUGAGACAGUGGCGGGAAGGGCAGCGAUGAUGGGCUUUCUGAUGGCCACAGUGGAUGAGUCUGUGACUGGAACCAGCCUGUUCCAGGACAUUAACGCGGACGCUCUUGUCCCCUUUUUGAUGCUUCUGGCUGCGGUCUGCGCGGCAGCAGGGUCAGCGGCCUUGGCCUGGCGGGCAUCGAACCAUGUUGCUGGUAUUCUGCAGAGGGGUUGUAGGAACAUAGUGGACACUGCUGUUGACAAUAUCAUCGAAGGGUUGUUCUUUGAGUCAUCGGAUGCUCAAGCUUGGGACUCCGAACAGAAGCAGGGCUAAUGGGGGGGUUGUCCAUGACCUGAACACAAGUAGAGGCUAGUGCGAGGGGUUUUGAUCAUUGGCCAGAACACUACCAGGGGUACAGGCAACGAGUUGGGGACUGUAAAUAAUUUUUUGUACAAAAUAAAUCCAGGUACAAGGUGUCAAACAGCUAGAGACUGCAGAUCAGCUUUCGAUUGUCAAGGUUGCAGCAUAUGCGUGCUAGAGUGUAGAGUACUGCAGAUUAUGUGCAUAAUAAUUAUGGUGACAAAGCAAUCAUUUAGAUGCAGCUUGUGACAGUAGAGCCACAAAGGAGCAGAUGUUGUCUACAUAACAUAGUUAGUCAUUCGAACACUAAAUUAGAGUAGAAGGCUUGGAUUUGGCUUUGAGUGCACAUUGCUUACUGUUUGAAAACAGCAAACCAUCAGUCUGAGCAAAGCAGCUAAUCAGCUGCAAAGUCUCUUGGGUUCUGCUUUCUCUGCUCAGUACCUGGGGUCAAGGAUGCGAAGUUUCUUGAUUUAUUUUUUGUUCAUG